GUACUGUAGCUGCUCCCCUGCUUCGCAUCUAGUCUCGCCGGUGUCCACUGGCUUUGCGACCCAUCAAGCACGCACCCUCACCCAGGCAGUUGAAACCUUUGGCCUGUGCCUGCCUCACAGUCCUGUCCCAGGCUGCCCCACCCUUCCGCCAUCUUCCGUGGAACGGACCCCUCCAACAACUGCUCAGCAAACCUGCAGGCAGGACAGUUCCAGAGAGUAAAUAUCAAAGCCCAGUCUUUCCAGGCUGUACCGUCAGAACCAGUGGCGUAUAGGACCAUUUUCGUUGGUGCCAUCGCUUGCCUGGCGGGCGCUUCCUCUCCACUAAACCCUGGCAAACGGCAUCCUACUCGUGCCGCUAUCCUCCUGCUGAGAAUAUUCGUGAAAAGAGCCUCAAGAGCACGUUUGCAGAUAUGGACACCCUCUUGACCGCGGACAUCGCCGCCAACGCACCAAGAUAUCGCCGGAAGAGCAGCACGUUCAUCGACGGCAUCCAUGAUGUGCCAGAGGACGCCGACAGGGCACCUGCCCAGCUAUACAGCACAAUGUCCGGCAGGCUAUUCCACUCCGGUCGUAUUGCGAUUGUGAUGGUCGGACUCCCGGCUCGUGGCAAGACUCAUAUCUCUGUCUCGAUGUCGCGGUACCUUCAAUGGCUUGGAGUCAAAACCAGAAUCUUUCACCUGGGUGAUUACCGGAGAGCAACGGUUGGCGAGAGCGGCCAGGUGCCAGAGGACUAUUUCUACCCAGAUGCGUCUCCGGCGUCCGUUAUGCUCCGGCAGAAGAUUCUGAAGAAGUGUCGCGAGGACAUUUAUGGCUGGUUGAAUCACGAGAAUGGUCAGGUAGCCAUCUACGAUGCUGUCAACCCCACAGCCAGUGGGCGAAGGUCGCUCGCGAAGGAGUUCGCAAAGCACGACGUCCAGACACUCUUUCUUGAGUCUUAUGUCGAUGACGACAAGCUUCUCCAAGAGAAUGCCAGGAAUGUCAAAAUCGCAUCGCCUGACUUUGCCGACAUGGACCCCAUGGAAGCAGCCAAACUAUACCUUAAGCGCAUCGAGGAGAAGAUCCCGAUGUUUGAAACCAUGGAUGAGAAGGAGCUUAACUAUAUCAAGAUGAUCAAUGCAGGCGAGAAGUUCUUCUACAAUAACGUCUCGUUCAACUAUCUUUCACACCGAAUCGUGUUCUACCUCACCAACACUCAUAUCAAAUACCGGACGACGUUCUUUGCCCGCGCCGGACCUGCGGAAGGGGAAGAGUCUUACAAGUCCGAUGCUCCCCUGUCUGAAGACGGACACGCCUACGCUCAGCGGCUGGCGGAGGCGUUGUUGAAGCAUCGCGAGCAGGAGCACGCCGCCAUUGUCGCCAAGGCCGGCCAGGAUAUCGGGAUUCAGCCCCUGACAGUCUGGUGCUCUACCCGCUCGAGAACCGUUCAGACCGCUGAAGUAUUUGAGAAGCACGGAUUCAAGGUCCGCCAGCGGAGCCAGAUGGCGCAGAUUAACCCCGGCGUCUGCGAGAAGCUCAGCGAGCGUGCCAUCCGCAGAUUGUACCCCGAGGAAGUUGAGAAGCACGAGUUGGACCCCUACCACCACCGCUAUCCUCGCUCGGAAUCGUACCAUGAUCUUGCCGUCCGGCUGGAGCCAAUCAUCCUCGAACUCGAGCGCGAGCAGAACGACCUUCUGAUCAUUGCCCACGAAAGUGUGCUGCGAGUGCUCUAUGCAUACCUGAUGCACGUCGGUACCAUGGACAUCCCGAAGCUCAAGUUCCCACGCAACGAGAUUAUAGAGAUCAUCCCGGCAGCAUACCAGAACGAGGCAAAGAGGAUCCACAUUCCGGGCGUAGACCCAAACACCGUCCCAGGAUCACCAGAGGACAUCCGGAUGCGUGCCGCCUCGAUACCGAGCAGCGGCGCGGACACCCCUGCCCCGUUCCCGGGAGGUGGCUUGUCGUCGCCGGCCGAGCCCGUUUUUGUCGUCGACAAGCCCCCGGAGAGGGUCAUCAACACUGCAGCCGACGCUGUACGGGACAAGGUGGCGGACGAGGACUAGCUUUUCAUGUUGUGAACGCGUUUCGGUUUGUGUUCGCUGGAGUUAUAUUGUAUGUUUGUCCGUCAGCAUAGAUCCUCAGUAGUUUGUAUACUUAAAGGCAACAAAAAUGGUUCUGUAUUGACGUUA